AUGUCUGACCGGGGUGUCCUCUCCCGGGAGGACGAUGAGUGCUCCCUGCUCUCUCGCCUGGGGUCAGACUCCCCCCGGCCGCGGGUCAAGUACGGGGGGAUGUUCUGCAGCGUGGAGGGGGCGUUCGAAAACAAGACGCUCAACUUUGAGUCCUUCAGCCCGGCCAGCCAGCGCAGAGCCCCCCCCACCCGGACCCCGCGCUGGGACCCCGACUACUGCAGCGACACCGCCUCCGCCUGCGCACCCCCCAACCCCCCCAGCAGCGCCCCGAGGAGAGAGCCCGCGUCGGGCUGCGACGCUCGUACGAGCCUCGUCAAGAAACAGGGCGACCGCAUGAUCAUCAAAGGAGGAAAGAUCGUCAACGACGACCAGUCUUUCUACGGAGACAUUUACAUCGAGGAUGGAGUCAUCAAGCAGAUCGGAGAGAAGUUGAUCGUUCCCAGCGACGUGAGGACCGUGGACGCGUACGGCUUCAUCGUCAUCCCGGGAGGGCUGGAUGCUAACACCAGCCUCCACGCGCCCCAGGGGGGCAUGCACCCUGCGGACGACUUCUACCACGGGACUAAAGCGGCCCUGGCUGGAGGGACCACCAUGAUCAUCGACCACGUGCUCCCCGAGCCGGGGACUAGCUUAAUGGCCGCGUACGACCAGUGGAGGGAUGUGGCGGACAGCAGGGCGUGCUGCGACUACUCUCUGCACAUGGACAUCACGCGGUGGCAUGAAGGUCUCUACGAGGAGAUAGAGAGCCUGGUCAAGGACAAAGGGGUGAAUUCCUUCCUUCUCUUCAUGGGCUACAAAGACAAAUAUCAGAGCUCCGACUCUCAGAUCUAUGAGGCCUUCCAGGCCCUGAGAGAUCUGGGAGCCAUCGCCCAGGUCCACGCGGAGAAUGGAGACAUCAUUAGUGAAGAGCAGAAGAAACUCCUGGAGCUGGGAAUUACUGGCCCUGAGGGACAUGCCCUGUCCCACCCUGAUGAGGUGGAGUGCGAGGCGGUGUUCCGGGCGCUGACCAUCGCCAAGCAAGCCAACUGUCCACUUUACGUAACCAAGGUGAUGAGCAAGGCGGCGGCCGACGUCAUCGCGAAAGCCAGGAAGAAGGGUAUGGUCGUGUUUGGGGAGCCAAUCGCAGCCGGCCUUGCCACCGACGGCAGCAACUAUUGGUCCAAAGACUGGGCCCACGCUGCAGCCUUUGUGAUGAGCCCGCCCCUCAACCCCGACCCUUCCACCCCGCAGUACCUCACCUCCCUGCUAGCCUGUGGGGAUCUUCAGGUGACGGCUAGCGCCCAUGCUAGCUUCUCUACCGCUCAGAAGGCGGUUGGGAAGGACGACUUCUCACUGAUCCCAGAGGGAACCAAUGGGGUGGAGGAGAGGAUGGCCAUUGUCUGGGAUGCAGCCGUGUCCACAGGGAAGAUGGAUGAAAAUGAGUUUGUUGCCGUGACGAGUACAAAUGCUGCUAAACUCUUCAAUAUCUACCCACGCAAAGGUCGUAUUGCUGUGGGCUCGGAUGCAGACAUUGUGAUCUGGAAUCCUAAAGAGCUGCAGACCUUUUCAGCUAAAACACACAAUCUGACCGUGGAGAUCAACGUCUUUGAGGGAAUGGAGGUGCGCGGUGGCCCCACCAUCGUCAUCAGCGGCGGACGGAUCGUUCUCGAGGACGGAAAACUCACCGUCGCCGAGGGAACCGGGCGCUUCGUUCCCAGGAAGGCUUUCCCUGACUUUGUCUACAAACGGAUCCGAGCUAGGAGCAAGAUGGCCGAGGCUCGUGGUGUACCCCGUGGGAACUAUGAUGGUCCAGUCCACGAUGUAACCAGCAUGACAAAAUCGGUCCCACCCACUCCUACCACUAGAGGUUCAGCCUGCCCCAAAACAAUGAUCGCCCCCCGAAACCUCCACCAAUCAGGUUUCACUCUCGCAGGAACCCAAGUUGAUGACCACAUCCCACGUCGCGCCACGCAGAGGAUCGUAGCGCCCCCUGGUGGGAGAUCCAACAUCACCACCUUGUCCUAA